AUGGUAUCAGAGCUGCAUAUUUCUCACAAUCUCCCUUUGUACCUACAUCCCUCGGAUGGGAGUACAUCUAUCAUUGUUGAAAAAUUACUGGGAGCAAGUAACUACAAAAGCUGGAGAACGUCUCUUGAAAUAGGCCUCACUUUCAAAAGGAAACUGGGGUUUGUAAUUGGUGAUAUUAAGAGAGAUGCAGAGAAUAUAGUGAAGCAAAAAGCAUGGGAUACUUACAAUAGUAUGAUUAUUUCAUGGAUACUUAACAAUGUAUCAAAAUCCAUUAAAAAAUCUGUUAUGUUUCUUGAUAGUGCACAUGCCAUAUGGAAACAGUUGGAAAAACGUUUCUCAGUGAUCAAUAGAGCAAGAAAAUACAAGUUGAACAAAGAAAUUUUCUCAAUAAAACAAGCUGAAAGGUGUUUGUCUGAGUACCACAUAGAAAUCAAAGGUCUAUGGGAAGAACUGGAGAGCCUCGAUGCCUUACCAGCAGACAAAAAUGACAGAUAA